AUGAAUUUGAUAUGGAGGUCGAUAGGUAGAAGGUGGUACUCUUUGAACGUUCUUUAUUUUGGUAGUGAUGAGUUCAGCAUCCAUUCGUUAAGAGCAUUGAACGAGUUGAAGGGUCGAUCUGUGGACAAACUACAACUAGUGACAAGACCACCUAAAUGGUGCGGGAGAUCCAAAUCUAUAAAGAAAAAUGUACCCAUUGUAAAUGUUGCUGAUCAACUAGGGCUACCACCUGCACGGCACUGUGAUUCUCGUGAGGACAUGUUACAACUCAUUGACUUAGUUAAAUCACACGAGUUUAACAUGAUUAUAGCGGUAUCUUUUGGUAGACUAAUUCCUGCACAACUUUUAGAACAAGUACCGUAUUCCCUAAAUGUCCAUCCCUCACUUUUACCCCGUUACAAAGGUGCAUCCCCCAUCCAAUACACUCUUCUGAAUCAAGACAGGUAUACUGGUGUUACAAUUCAAACUCUGCAUCCACAUAAAUUUGAUCAUGGGUCCAUUGUUGCCCAGACUAUACCUCUCAAAGUUCAAAAUUUGGUCCAAAAUCGUACUGUAUCUGAAUUCGAGCCCGGUUUCCCAAAACGAACAGCCGCCCUAAUGGAUCAAUUGGGUCUACAAGGAGGAUCUUUACUCAAGCAUGUAAUAAAUGACAAAUUAUAUGCUAGUCCGCCUGCUUUAAACCCUCCUUAUAAUUCGUGCUAUGCAUCUAAGAUAACUUCUGAAAUGAGACGAUUACACUGGCCACAAGACACAGCAGAGACUGCCAUAACGAAAUUAGAAACUUUGGGACCUCCAUAUGUUUUCAAGCAAGUCGAUGAAAAUAAAUCAAAGACUAUGGUGGAUGAGACUCCUGUUAAAAGAAUAAUCUUCCACAACUUCGAAAGAGCGGAUUUUCUACCGUUUUCAAAGGCAGGAGAAUUUAUCUACAAUGACAAAGACCAACACAUCUACGUUCAAUGCCAUUCAGAUGCACUUAAAAUCAAGGAACUACAAUUUGAAGGGUUUAAGAUGGAAAAACCUGAACAAUUCAUGAAAAGUCUGAGGAAGAGGUGCGGUACAGGAACAUACCAAGCACAUACCUUUUUGUAG